UCUCUCUCGCUUCAUCCCUCUUUUUCUUUCUCUCUCUCUGGUAUUGCCCCUUCUACUGUUGGUCCCGCUGUGUGAUGUGAUCAGUAUUCUUCCUCUCUCUCUCUUUCUCUUGAUCCAAAGUGUGUUUGUGUUCCCUCAACCAUUUUUGUAACGAAAAAACAAAACCACGAAUCUUCUCUAAUCUCCGGGAUUUUUUCCCUUUCCUCGGCCUCUCUACCCUCGCGACCAACCUUCAAUAUUAUGUGUUGACGAAAAUCCUAGAUUACUCAACGUUUCAAAUGUCUGCAGAGUGAUUCUCUUCGAGAUUCGUCGUUCGAGGAAUAACUGUACCGAAUUUCGGAGAAAUAAUAGUAUUGUUAAAAAUAUAUACAAAAGUACAUAAUUAACAUUUCGCAACGGCGCCAACGAAGAGUGACGGGGUGUGAGAAGUAGAAGAAGAGAGAGAGAGACAGUUCUCGUAGUGUCGUCGGUAUGGCUGUUCCAGUCGCGUCCACGCGGUUCAGUGACAAUUACGAAGUCAAGGAGGAACUCGGAAAGGGCGCCUUCUCGGUGGUACGUCGAUGCGUCCAGAAAAGUACGGGUCUCGAAUUCGCGGCCAAGAUCAUCAAUACGAAAAAACUCACGCAGAGAGAUUUCCAGAAACUCGAACGUGAGGCACGAAUAUGUAGGAAAUUGCAACAUCCAAAUAUCGUACGAUUACACGAAAGUAUACAAGAAGAAAACUGCCACUACCUCGUCUUCGAUCUAGUCACCGGUGGUGAACUCUUCGAGGACAUAGUUGCCCGUGAAUUCUACAGCGAGGCAGACGCAUCCCACUGUAUACAACAAAUUCUCGAGAGUGUUCAUCACUGCCAUGUCAAUGGAGUCGUGCACAGGGAUCUCAAGCCGGAGAAUCUGCUACUGGCAAGUAAACUCAAGGGAGCGGCGGUUAAGCUCGCGGAUUUUGGACUCGCGAUUGAGAUGCCGAACGAUGCACAGGCGUGGUACGGUUUCGCCGGAACGCCCGGCUACCUGAGCCCCGAAGUUCUCAAGAAAGAGCCUUACGGCAAACCAGUUGACAUUUGGGCAUGCGGCGUUAUACUCUACAUCCUCCUAGUCGGUUACCCUCCAUUCUGGGACGAGGAUCAAAAUCGAUUAUAUGGACAAAUCAAGUCUGGGGCGUAUGACUAUCCGAGCCCUGAGUGGGACACAGUCACGCCAGAAGCUCGAAACCUCAUCAAUCAGAUGCUCACGGUGAAUUCAGGAAAGCGCAUUACCGCAGGAGAAGCGCUCAGGCACCCAUGGAUCUGCCAACGCGAACGCGUGGCAUCUGUCGUUCACAGACAAGAGACCGUCGACUGUUUGAAGAAAUUCAACGCAAGGCGCAAGUUAAAGGGCGCUAUUUUGACGACGAUGAUCGCGACGAGGAACUUUUCCAAAUCUGUUCGAAGCAUCGUCACGAAGAAGGGGGAUGGAUCUCAGGUGAAAGAAUCGAGCGACAGCAGCACCACGAUCGAAGACGAUGACGUUAAAGAGGAUAAGAAGGGCGGCGUCGACCGGAGCAGCACGGUCAUUGCCAAAGAACCCGAAGCGUACGCGUCCCAGGGUACACCACCCAGCAGUCCCGCGGCUGCAUCCAUAUUCUCCAGGGUGGUGGGCGCCGCUGGUGCGGCGAGUAAACAGCCCCAGAGUCCUGGCAAUCACUUAGGGAUUGCAGCGGUCCUUCUGCAGGGGGCGCAAGCACGCCGUCAGGAAAUCAUCAAGAUGACGGAACAACUCAUCGAGAGCAUCAACACCGGAGACUACGAGGGUUACACGAAAAUCUGCGAUCCUCAACUGACCGCGUUCGAGCCCGAGGCUCUAGGUAAUUUAGUCGAGGGAAUGGACUUUCACAAAUUUUACUUUGAUAAUGUCCUGGGGAAAAGCUCGAGCUGCAAAGCCGUCAACACGACGAUUCUCAAUCCUCACGUCCAUCUCCUAGGCGAGGAUGCAGCCUGCAUCGCAUACGUCAGACUCACUCAAUACGUCGACAAACAAGGAGUUGCGCACACUCAGCAGAGCGAGGAGAGUCGCGUCUGGCACAAAAGAGACAGCAAGUGGCAGAACGUGCAUUCCCAUCGAAGCGCAGUCACAGGACCUUCGCCAUUUUCCUUCAGCCACAAAUAAUUUGUGAGCGAGUGACAUGAGGAAAUGAAGAAUAAGAUGAAAAUGAUAUGAAAAGGAAUAGAAGGAAGCAAAUAAGAGAGGAGAGAGGAGCGAGAGUAUAAGAAUGCGGUGAUUGGCGACGGCGAAAGAGUAUCGACGUCGAAAAAAAUCUCCUCGGUUGUUCCAUGUGAAAACAAUACGAUUUCAUAAAGUAUAAUAUGAUUAUAUUAAAAGGAAAACAAUUACACAUAUGAAGAGAGAAGAGACGAUUGAUGGGUGAUCCAACAAUAGCGAAAGAAAUAAAGAGAAGAACAAUAAAAAGAACGAGAGAAUCGUUAAAGAUUGAAAUGUAUUCCCUUCGUACAAGGAGACGCUAAGAAAAGCGAGUUCUCUUACGCAACUCGUACUUAAAUUUGCAGCGGGAGCAAUGAAAAACCAAAAAAACAAUGGGGGAAAAAAAAACUAAAAACCAAUUAUAAUCGUCGUUACAGCGCAAAUUCGGAAAUCGUUAAAAAUAUUCCGAAAUCAUUGCGAGUCAAGAGGUUGGUGAGAAAAAAGUAUAUAGAUAUGUAUUUCUUCUUCUUGAAAAACAAAAGAUAAUGAAAAAAAAAAGGUAAAAAUGGCAUAAAACUGUCUUGAAAAUUGUCAUCUUGGGUAAAAACAGCUGAUCGGGAUCGUUCUCGCCAACAUCGGCAUGGAAAAAACGUGUUGGACGAUUCAAUAAAAAUAGAUAAAUACACGUAGUUUAAGAAUGAGCGAAAAGGAUUGAAAAUUGAGAAAAUCGUGAGCGUAGAAAUUGGGAGAGCACGAAAAAAUAAAAGGAUUUGGAAAAACAAUAAUAACGGAUGAGACGUUAGAAAAGAAAGGGAGAAUGAGAGAGCGAAAGAGAAAGAGAGAGGGCCCGAUGUCGACUUACGAAUUCGUCUGCUUACAAUUUUAUUAUUAAUAUUAUUAUCAUUAUCAUUAUUAUUAUUAUUAUUAUUAAGUUAUAUCAUUAGUUAGAGUAACAAAUUUCCAUCUAGGGCGUCAUUUAGUGAAUUUUCAGCCCGAUCGAGGCUUUAAUAUCGACCAACGUGUGCCAUUUUGAGCUCGCACCUUUUCAGAAAAUACUGCGUAAGUGAAAAAAAAAGGGAAAAGAAAAAAGAGUGGAAAAAAAGGAUGAUGAAUCGAGGGCAAAACCGAUAGAGAAUGAAACGUAGCCAAUGAUUGGCAUCGAGGCGAAAAAAUGUAGGAACGGAGGGAGAGAGAGAUAUAGAAAGAUAGAGAAAGGUUUAAUGUUUGAUAUGAGGAUGCAGAGAGAACAAAAACGAGACUUUGAGCCAAGACUGCAAUUCGAUAUCAAUGAAAGUGAUGAAAGAUACGAAGGGAGAAUCCCAAUCGGACUGUAAUUCUCAAAUCUCCAAUAUCUCUCUUCUCUCUUUAUCACCAUUGAGAGAGCUUUGACUCAUAGAAACAGAACAAAAAAAAAAUAAACCAAAACAAAUAAAAUCCCUUCUUCAAUAUUCCUCGUUAAUAUUCAAACUCCGUUUUUUCUCGUCUACUUUGGCGAUUCGUUCGUUCUCAUUGUUUUCAAUAGAUGCGAGAAUACUCGAUUUUUCUUAACAUCAUUAAUUGCAUUAUUCAUUCAUCCGGUCGUUUUAAAGAAAAAAUUAUAACAAUUUUAUCACUUCCCUUUCGAACCGUACGUUACUCGUGGCCAAAUUAUCUUCAGAUACUUAAAAAAUUUUACUCACGAAAGUUGUAAUACAAACGAACGAAAAGAGAGGACGAUUGAAAACAUUCGGUUCAAUCGAAUGAUCAUUGGCAGAAAACUGUCGACAAACUCUCGUCUUGAAAUAUAAUUAAAAAUCAUGGUGAUAAAUUAUUAGUUAAAAGCGAGUCAUUGGAAACUGUGAGUUGAUCGAUGUCGCGAAAGUUACGACGUUUGACAAGGGAAUAAAAGCGGAGCGAAUUAAGAAAACGGAAAAUCGAAUCACUGUACAGAACAUUCUUCCAUGUUACUUGUUUUUCCUGCUAAUAUUGUGUUUUUUGUUCUAUUUGUUGUUAUGCAUUUGUCGCGAUGGCAAAAGGCGCGAUUAUUUCGGUGAUUCAUUUUGUGUUUUGAGCUCGUGGCUGUACGCUAUUCCGAAUAUAAAUAUAUAUUCUUUUUUUUCUCCUCUACGAUUACAAUUAAGUUCGAAUAGGCCGAUAUUCUUUCCUCCUGGCGUCCAAUGAAAUGUAAUCAGUAAAGUUCAUUUUUUCGCUCGUUCAAGUUAUGAACACCCAUCGAUAAAUAAACACGUAUUUGGGGAUCGAAAUAUUCGUUCACUGGAUAUAGUUGCAUAAUAAUAACUGAAAAAAUAAUCCAAAAAUUUGUCAAAACAGCCUGUAGGUGUGCAUCUAAUUCUAUAAAAAUUAAAGGUUCGGAUUGCAAUACAAAAACCCGGAGACAAAAUCAUACUUUUCAGUAAAAUCAAUAAAAAUUCGUCGCCAAUAUUCAGAAUUUUUACUCAAACGGGAUUCGUCCGUAGGAGCGAUUUAAAAACGCUUUGACGUCAUAAAGCUCGCAUAUAAAAAAGUGCGUCAUAGGCCGGGCUGUCUUUGCAUUUCCAAAGCGCGCUACCGUGUCUCUUAAUCUAGAGUCGCGGUAUUCUUUUCUCGAAACGUGAUCGAAAAAGAGAACAGUUUUUACACAAUUUUUCGACUCCCUCUAACGUGUUUUUGAGAUGGAAUUUUUAAUAAUAUGCAUGAAUAGAUUUGCGUUAAGCGAGAUAAUUAGACAAGUUUUUCGAAAGACGAGAUUUCUAGAGGAAAAUGAAAAAAAAAAGAAGAUAAAUCCAUUCGAAGGAUAAUCAGCGCUCUCUGCCGUGUCUCUCUUUGCAUAAUGAAUGUUAUAUACAUAUUGAAUGUUGAAUAAAAACGAUGGAUGAAUAAAUGAAGAAAAGAAAUGAAAAAAAGUAAUCAAUUAUAAAAGUCGUUGAACAAAAGAAUAAAAGAGUGAGCGCAAAAAAAAUCGAAUUUCACAUUCGCUAUCAGGAUUCGAUUGAAUAAUCAAGUGGGCGAAAUAUUUAUGAUUGAAUUUUUAUCGAAUUUACCUUCGUUAUUAUGACGAAUCUUUCUACACGUUCGUACAUCCUCCAAAAUAGUGGUCACGAGUCAAGUCUCAAUCUGCAAUGAUAAAUACAAAAAAUCGAAAAUACAAAAAAAACUUUAAAGAAACACUUUUGCCAUCGUAUUAUACAUAUAAAUAUUAUACAUAAAAAGAAAACCAACAACAACAACAACAACAACAACAUAAAAACAAUUCACACACAUAUAUGUAUAUGUAUGUGUGUGUUUGUGUAUUAUAUAAAAAAAUAUAUAUAUAUAAAUUAUAAUACUGAUUAAGUUAUGAUUGAUUAUAUUACAAAUAUACGAUAAUACGAGAAAAUUGAAGGAAGUCAAAAAGAGACAAGCGUGAAAAGCGAGGUUAAAAAAUUCGAUAGAAGAGAGAGAAAAAGAAAAGGGAAAAUAGUUGUUUCUACUACUCUAAUUCAUCGCUUCUACGUGUGAUUGCUGUAUAAAAUAAUUACUAUUGAUUUCCUACUAUCAUUAUGUGUACUAGUACGCGUUACUAUUACUAAUUACCGUUUAAAUACUGUGACUACGAAGAUUGCGAUAUAUAUAUGGAAUAUUUGCCUUGAUUUUUUUUCUAUCAUUUAGGUUUCAUUGUUGUUGCGACUAUUUUAUGUUUUAUUUUUUGUUCUCUCUCCAUUGUUAUUUGUACUAUUACACGAUUGCCGCACGAAUUUAAAUUGUCUAGUAGGAGUUACAUAAACGGAGAAAAACCUUUCAUUUAACAUGUUCAUUUGUACUUGUAAUGCAAAAACGAAAGGAUUUUUUCAUUAAUUUCGUGGGUGAUGAAAGUUUCGCGUUGUAUUUAUUGCGUUUUUAGAGUGAUUAAUAUUGAAUAUUAAGAGUUAAAAAGAGAGAGAAAGAGAGAGAGAGAGAGAGAAAAAAAUUAAAUAAAUCCGAACGAAAGCGAGAAAGAGAGAGUUAACACAUCGUAUUAUAGUUGUUUCAUACUGUACAAGUUUUUAACAUUGAGAGUUAUCUUGCUUAAGUGAUGAUGAGAUCUCGUUGAAAGUCACUCGCUCUCAUUCCUAUCUCGUAUUUAUAUCUAGUCUCGGGUGUUCCAACAAAAUGUCCUCAUUCGAAUUUAUUCAUUGUCCUCUAACUAUAUAUAUAUGAGUAUAUAUAUAUACACACAUACAUAUAUCUAUUUAAAGAAAAAAAUAAUGCUAAUAACUCUACCUUCUCGAGACACCUUCAGCGAGAUCUCCGCGUUCCAUCGAAAAUUAAAAAUUUUGACAAAUGAAAUAAAAUAACACAAAAGAAAAUUAAAAAACAUAUAUAUAUAUAAAACAAUCGGAAACUGAGAACUAAAACCUCGUGACAAGACCGUUGAUUCUUAGAACGAGAAAAUUUCGGUGUAUUACGGUCCAAACAAAAUUACGUCUUGACAAAAGAAUAACAGUUUUGAUAAAUGAUGAUUAACGAAAAACAUAUAUAUUUUAACAUUAUUCAAAUACGCGCAAAUCUGCUUCACUUGUUGAACUUCGAUGAGAAAUUUUGAAUACUCGAAAAUAGGAAAGAAACACGUGGAAAUUUUUAAAUCGUUUAAACGUGCCUCCGGAGGACGUUAAAUUUCCACAAUACAUUUUUCAAUAUCGCUGAUAUAAAAAUUAUACAGCGACCAAUUUCGAAGGAGAAUGAUCGGUGACUGCAAUCUCAAAAAAUAAAUAAAAAAAGCCACCUCUAUGGAACAUCGAAAAAUGAUGAUUGAGGGAGAAAACGAAUAACAGCUUUUCUUACAUAUUUAUUAUUCUCCACUGCCCUAAUCAAUGUUCAUGUAAAUUUAUCAAUAAUACUGUUACUCGCUCGACUUAUUAUCCGAUUAUCACGGUACAGGAAAAACAACUUGUAAGGCAUUAGACUUCAACUUUAACGUCCAAAAUUCCAACUUGAUUUGGUUUAUCACAACUUUUCGCAUGUUUUUCAAUACAUAAACUACAAAGUUACUUGAGACUUUGUGUUUUUGACAUCUUCGGAAUCGAACUGCACAAAUUGGAAAAGUGUAAAUAUUGCGAAGGAACAUUUUUAUUUCGUUUCCCUCUUUGUCGGGAAGCGUCAGACUUUUUGCAGUCCAGAGUCUGUACACACGAGUUAACAGCUAUUUUGACGUUUCUAUUCAAAUUGAGAACGUUCUAGCUAUUUUUACUUUCACAAGUGAAAUAAAAAUCGGUACUCUCUACACAGUUCUCGAGUCAGCUUAUCUCAAAUGCAAAUAUUACGAAUAAUAAAUAUCAAAACUGAAAGAACUCAAAAAUUAAUGAAUUCAUUUUUGCGUAGGUGCGAAGAAAAUUUAUAAAAUUUUAUCAGUGAGUUGGAUUUUGUGAUGCAAAGUUGUUGAAAAUGCUUUACAUAGUUUGACUAAUCGAUCGACAAAAGUGUUAUGAUACAUGAAGUGAAAAUUUGCACUCACCUCUAUCCGUAAAAGUCCUCUGGUGUACAGAAAGUGCCCUCCAGAGUUCGCCGAGGCAUUCGAAUGAAGUGCGUCAAAUAUGAAGAGAAAAAAGCAUCGAAAAAUACCAAAACAAUCUCCAAAUAUGAUCAUUCUCCUUCUUUUGAAAAUUCUUUUGAAAAAAUAACGAAAAUAUUGUUGCAUCAAUCAACCACCGACUCAAGCAAAUCGACACUAUCAAAAGUCAGACAUAAAAUUUCAUAUUUCGAAAACAAAUGGAAAAGUCAUCGAUACUGUGAAGACGGAUAUUUUCGAAAUUUUCUCGCAAUACGGAGUAACAAAAAAUGAAAUAAAUCGAAUUGAGAGAAAGGAAAAAAAAGAGUAGAAGUAUGGUUCGCAAUUAAUGAGAUACGCGCAUAUCGUCUUCAUCCAUCUCAUUAAAAGAAUUAAUGAUAAAAGAAAUGAAGAAUAAAAAGUAAAAAAACUAUAAAACAGAAAGAAAUGAAAAAAGCAUUGUUUGGCCUAAAAUUUACCAUUCACGAUUUGUGUAUUUCGUAUUGUACUAUGUAAUAAAUAAAAGAUAAAAGCUUAUCAACGCUGAUAACGGCGUUGGAGGCUUCUUCGUGCUCGGUGAUUGUGAGCGCGAAUAAUUAUAAAUUAGUUAAGAGAAAAAUUCAAUUUUCAAUUAAGAGCUGCGAUCUCUGGAUUAUUUGGCGCAAUCAUUGAUCGACGAUCACGCCAUAUUUAGUCCGCCAAGCUGGAUGAUGAUAAAUAGAGGGGCGGGGGAGGGGGAGGGGGGGGAGGGAAGGAAAAGUAAAUCCGUCACUUCCGGUCGCGAGUGGAAGUCGAUGAUUGAUAGCGAAAAAAUGAAUAAAAAGUAAUAUCUCUGCUCACAAAAUGUACAUUACGCAUAUUCGCGUUUAAAAUUUUUUGCGAAUUUUAGACUCGAUGUUCGCGACGAAGAGAGAAAAAUAAUGUAAAGCGACGGGGGGAAGAAUGAAACAAUUAUCGAUUAAGUCUCGUUGUAUAGUAGUCAUUACUUACAUUGUAACUAAAUGAGCUUACGAUUAUUUGGCAAGUUUCUCGCGAUUUUAUUGUGCAAAUAAAUAUAUUACGUUAAAAGGGAAAAAAACUAACCGAAAACCCGAGGCAUAUUUGUUUCCUAUAACCGGUAGUCUUCGCUUUCGAACCGGAAAUUCAGGAUGUUUUUUUUUUCGUUGAAUCUCGUUGGAUGCGGAACAAAAUUGGUGUGGGAUUUUCAUGGAAAAUGUGCGGUGGGAAUAUUGGUACCGAUAUAAAACUGUUGAAGAAUUUUCAAGCGGAAAUAGGUCGGCGAUUUGAAGACCAUUGGCCGUAAAAUUUUGCGAAACUUUCGUAAUCGGAAGUAACGUGAAACUGUGAGUACUCAGUUCUGCGGUUAGUUUUUUUUUCCUCGUCUACCAGCGAUGUUCCAGUUCUUCCUUUUGUUUACCGAAAGUCUUUCCACCGUCGUGAUCGGAAGUCCUCCCCGAUAUUAAAACCGGAAAUCAUCCGGUUCAUUCUGCCGAAGAACUAUCGAAAAAAUGAAGCACUGGAAAGUUUCUGAUAGCAUUAAAAAAACUGUCGGAACUUCGUUAGUGAAGAUUAACCGCAAGUUCCGCGAGCUUUUUUCUCUUCGCGCUCACCGGAAGUCUUCCGAUCGUUCUUUUUUUUUUUUUUAUUUCAUUUAGUUUAUCGAUCCUCGCGCGAAUGAUUCGCACUGGAAUUAAGAUCGCGAGAAGUACAUUGCUCGUUGUUGAACUGUUUUUUUUUUUUUUUUUUUUUAUAUUAUCUCCGGCUUUUUUGUUUUAGUUUUUUAUUGUAGUUUUGUUUUUCAAGUCCCUUUUCGUACGACGUGCAGCUUCUGAAAUUUUCGUACGCGCGAAUAUGCACCAAACAUACAUUCGCUCGCAGGGGACCCGCGAAGCUAAAACUUUUGAAAAUUCAAGCUGAGAACCGAUAAUUACCAGUCGAACAAUUGAAUUUAAAUGAUAGAAAAAUAACAAAAAAAAAAAGGAAAGUACGAAAAGCGGACAAAUAGUUAAGAGAAAUGAAAAACGGCGUACCUGGCAGGGAACUCUCUGUACCCGGAGAUACUUACUGUACUUUUAUUUUUCAAAAAUACCAAACACACCAUGUAUACACGAAUACAAAUUAACUUUUGUCAUUGCACACGAAGCAACGACCGGAAAUGCUUAUAAAAACGAGAAUAAUCAUGAUAAUGAUGACAACAAUGAAGGAAAACGAUACUCUACGACCUUGAACGACCGAAGCCAUACGAGACUAAUUAUACUACACAAUUCAUUAAACAACGUGAGAUCAUAGUUUAAAAGACACAAAUAAAGGUAAAUCAGAUUGAAGGAAUGUUGGCAAUUGACAGCGAAGCAAAUUCACAGCAGAUCCGAUCGUGUGUAAAAUCGAAGCUGAGCAAGAUUCACCCUAUUAUGUAAUAAGUUAGUAUUUAUCGUGUGAAAAUAAAAGAGGCAAUUUGUACGGCACUCUGUCGGUCGUUCUCAGGCACGAUAAACGACGAAUCUGUCUAUUCCAAAUAUUAAGAAAAAGAAAAAAACACUCGAACGACAAAAACAAACAAGCAAGAAAGAAUUUCAAAUCGCCUCGCCUUUACCAGACAAUUCUCAUACUUCGCAAUUCCGUGUUUUUUUUUUUUUUUUCCGUUGUUUAAAGAAUAAACAAAAAUUGCAAUUUCAAAGAGGACGAAUGAGCGUUGCAAUUUUAGCCUUUUUUAAAAUAAGAUCGUAGCCACUCUCCAUCACGGCUAUUUCUUUCUACAUAGGAUUACAUAUAAAACGUACGUAUGUACCGAAUAAAAUAUAAAACAAAAAUACUACGAUAAUAAUAAAUGAUAAAAAAGAAAAAAAAAGGGAAAAUAAAACAAAAAGCACACACAAUAAGUUUUGCGAUGAGAACAAAAAACUGAAGCUCGUUCGAAGAGAGAAAGCGAGAGAGAGAGAGAGAGAGAGAAAAAUAGGAAGAACGAGAAAACAAGUACAGAACAAAAUGAUGAGAAUGAGAGAACGGCCGUGCUCGGCUCUGCCCGCGGACGACGUAAUUGCCAACUAUAUAAUUAUUAAAAAAAAAAAAAAAAAAAAAAAAA